CUUCCGGGGGAAGUGCCGCCCUCCCCAAGAUGGCGGCACUCAGCUGCCCGUGAGCGGGGGGGAGGUGACUGCCGCCCGAGGCCGUGGCGGGCACCGGCUCCCCAUGGCGCUGAGCAGCCGCAGCCGCCUGCUGCUGGCGGCCGGCGGGCUCCAGGCGCGCAGAGCGGGUCUUCGUUUUGCAUCAACUACAGCCACUCCCAAAACUGAGACCGAAGUGGACACGAGCGAAAAUGAGGUUGUUGCCCCAGACUUCACUAACAGGAAUCCUCGGAACUUGGAGCAGUUGGCCCUCGCUAGGAAGGAGCGUGGCUGGAAGACAACAUGGCCAAAGCGUGAAUUCUGGCAUAGAUUACGGCUUGAGCAGACACAGCAUUACGUAGAAGCCUUUGUUGAGCGCUGUAAUGGGGAUGUUGUGGUAUCUGCCUCUACCCGAGAGUGGGCCAUAAAGAGACAUCUCUACAGUCCCAAGGGAGUAACAGCAUGCAGAAACCUUGGCCGUGUAAUGGCACAGCGCUGUUUGGAAGCAGGAAUCAACUUUGUGAACUUUAAAGCUGUUAUCCCCUGGGAAUAUCGUUGUGACUCGAUUCAGGAAUUUGAAAAAGCUGUGCAGGAGGGUGGUGUCAUUCUGCGUGAGCCACGAAGAAUCUAUCAGUAAAAUGGAGACCGUUGGGAAAGCUUUCCAAGGCACGACGAUCGCUUUUUUAGGUGUGUGUGUGCCGGCACAGUGAAGGUCCAGAGCUGGAAAAAGGUGGAACGUGGCAUCUUACAAUAAAAUAUUUUUAAAUGGACAGAA